AUGAGUAACAACGCAACGACCGCAGACAUUGAGAAGGAAAUCAAAAAUAUGACCUUGAAGGAGGGUGAUAAUUGGGCAGAUAGUGUGGUUACUCCUUCAUCAUCAUCUGUUACUGCUGUGGAUCUUACCGAUCAACAACAUGAUCCAAACAAUCCACUCUACAGUGAACAAACUACCUUCGAAAGCAUGAAACUAAAACCAGAGCUUUUGCAAGGUAUUUAUUCUACCGGAUUCAAAGAACCAUCAAAUAUUCAAGCUAAAACACUUCCUAUCAUUCUCGAGCAGUCGAUUAACCUGAUUGCACAAUCUCAGAGUGGUACCGGUAAGACUGCUUGUUUUGCUUUGGGUAUGCUUCAACAUGUUGACGAAAAUCAGCAAGCACCACAAGCGAUUUGUAUUUGUCCAACCUUUGAAUUAGCCACCCAAAUUCAUGAUGUUGUGAAUGAACUAGGACAACACACAAAAAUUAAAUCCUUGUUGGUUUCUAAAGGAGAACGAUACACUGGUAGUAUCAAUGCCCAAAUUGUGAUUGGAACUCCAGGAAAAGUUGAAGAGUUGAUCAGACGUAAAAACAUUGCUGUAUCUGCUAUCAAGUUGUUCGUUUUGGAUGAGGCCGACCAAAUGUUAGAAGGUCAAUUGAAAAGUCAAGCCAUGAUGAUUAAGAAUGCUCUUCCAAAACAAUGCCGAGUUCUACUCUUCUCAGCAACCUAUCAAGAAGAAGACGACAACAAUGGAAAGCAAGCUAAAAAAGAUGAGGAAGAUUCAGCUGAAAAGGAAAAAAAGAUUUUAGAAUUUGCUGAAGCGAUUGUCCCUCCACCUGUCAAGUCCAUUCUCAUUCCAAAGGAAAAACUCACUCUAAAGCAAAUGAAACAAUUUGCAGUUAGAUGUAAAGAUGAAGAAGAAAAAAUUAAGCUCAUUCAGAAUAUUUAUGAAACCCUAAAGAUUGGUCAGAGUAUCAUUUUCGUCAACCAAAAGCACUAUGCUGACAAGUUGGGAGAAAUACUUAAAAAUAGCGGUUUCACUGUAAGUGUGACUCACGCCAACAUGGAAAUUCCUGAAAGAAAGAGAGUGUUGGGAGACUUUAGAAAAGGCAAAGCAAAGGUUUUGAUCACUACAAACGUUUUCUCUCGUGGUUUGGAUAUUUCCACAGUCACACACGUUAUUAACUAUGACUUGCCAGUACUUUAUCAAGAAGACCGAACUGUAAAACAAGAACCAGACUUUGCAACCUACUUGCAUCGUAUUGGUAGAACAGCAAGAUUUGGUAAGAAGGGAUAUGCCAUCAAUUUGAUGAGAUCAAGAAAUGAUGAAGAAAUUAUUGAGCAAAUCAGAAAGUACUUCCAAACUGACAUUGAAGAAAUUGACAAGGAGGACAUUGAUGAAAAAAUCAAAUAA